GGACAUGUGUAUGUAGUGUGUGGACUAUGACUGACAGGGCAGCCCGGCAUCUCCUCUGCCGGACAUGUGUAUGUAGUGUGGGGACUAUGACUGACAGGGCAGCCCGGCAUCUCCUCUGCCGGACAUGUGUAUGGAGUGUGUGGAAUAUGACGGACAACUGGUGUGUACGUGUGUAAGUGUGUUGUGUCUGUGUGAACUAUGACAGUUCUGCGUGUGGUCUCCUUUGCCGGAUACAUGUGUUUUGUGUGUGUUUGGUAUAUAUGUCCGUGUGUGUUGUCAUUGUUGUGUGUGAAUCUUUGCUCUUUCAGCCGAGCAGGUUGCGCACAGUGCUUGGGACCUGUCGCUUUCUGGUUGUAUCCUGAUACCCGGGAUAGCCUUGCUGGAAGCUUAGCGCUUCACACGUCAUAUUUUCCCAUGGGUUUGGGGACACCUGUCCUGACAUAUAUAGACCGGGACGGGGGUCGCGAUUACGGUCACUCUCCUAAACGUAGUUCUUCAAAGGAGGACGAACAAUAAUAGGUCCUGCAGGUUAAAGGAGCAGCUUUCUCAAAGCUCUGCUGUAUCCAUUCCUGAACCAGUCCCCUCAGAUCUGCAGCUUCCAAAAGUUCAUUUUGUAGCCAGUCAGCCAAGUACUUCCACCAUUCAGCAAAAAAGAUACCAUCCAGAUAUGCCCUGUGUACAGUAUAAUCCUACUCCUCCAGGUUCUACAUAUGUUACUCAGAUUUAUGGUUCUGCAUCUGAUUCCACUAUAGACAUGACAAACACUGCAACUACAAAAUGUAACAUGGAAUUAAGCAGCACUGAGAUGACAGCUUCAGCAACAACGUCUUUGCCGAGUUUUAGCACUUUCAUUGAGGGAUAUUCAGGAAACUAUGAACUCAAGCCCUCUUGUCUGUACCAAAUGCAAACAUCUGGGCAGAGGCCACUGAUAAAAAUAGAAAAUACACAUUUGUCCAGCUACCAAAGUUCAAUCUCUCAGCAACCACGAGAUGCCAUGCCUAGCACUUCAGUGUAUUUCAAAUCAUCACCUCCAUCAAUUUUAUCAACACUUGGAUUUUCAACUCACCAGUCUCCACAAUGGGAAGAACCGCACAACUUAUCAGGUACACAUUCAUGUAUGGCUCCUAGUCACUUGAUGGAUUCCUCGCAUAAAACAGUUUCUCCACGAUUUCCAGUUUUUCAUUUUAAGAAUUCUCCAUGUACACCGUUGUCUAAUCCUCCAGUGUGCUAUGAUUCUUCUCAUAACAUACCACCAGGUUCUGAAGACAACCCAACACAACUUCCUGCAGAAUCCUUACCUUUUAGUCUACCAAUAGCAAAAGUAUCAAAUCUUGUAUUUUCUCCACUUUCAACUGGUCAAGCAGUUAACAUGACAGGCGAUGGAAGUAUGCCAUCACCAUCUAGUAGAAGCUCUAUAUCUGGGGAAGGAACUUGUGCAGUGUGUGGAGAUAACGCUGCCUGUCAACACUAUGGUGUUAGAACAUGUGAAGGAUGUAAAGGCUUCUUUAAGAGGACAGUACAAAAAAAUGCAAAAUAUGUGUGCUUGGCAAAUAAAAGCUGCCCUGUGGACAAAAGACGGAGAAAUCGUUGUCAGUACUGCAGAUUUCAGAAAUGUCUCAAUGUUGGCAUGGUUAAGGAAGUGGUAAGAACAGAUAGUCUAAAGGGAAGAAGAGGAAGACUGCCUUCCAAACCAAAGAGCCCAUGUCAGCAAGAAUUAUCGCAACCAAAUCUGCCAUCUCCUUCAGUCAGCAUGCUCGAUACAUUGGUUCAAGCGAUAGUUGAUUCAGCCCCCAGAGAACUUGACUACUCCACAUACUCUGCUAUUAGUGAUCAAGCUACUGCAAGUACAGAUACAGAACAUAUUCAGCAAUUCUAUAGUCUUCUUACUGUCUCCAUUGAAAUUUCAAAAAAGUGGGCUCAAAAGAUACCUGGAUUUUCAGAACUUUCUAAAGAUGACCAAAUAUUAUUGAUUGAAACAACAUUUCUGGAACUUUUUGUUCUGAGACUUUCAAUAAGGUCAAAUAUUACUGCCGAUGAAUUUGUGUUUUGUAAUGGACUAGUGCUUCAUAGACUUCAGUGCCUUCGUGGAUUUGGAGAAUGGCUGGACGCAAUUAGAAAUUUUGCAGUACACUUGCAAAGACUUAACCUUGACAUUUCAACCUUGGCAUGCCUAUCUGCUAUAUGUCUUAUAACUGAACGACAUGGUCUAAAAGAACCUAAGAAAGUGAUUGAAUUACGUCACAGAAUCAUCUCUUGUCUAAAAGAACACUUAGCUUUAGAUUGCCAAAACAAGGGGCAUCCAGAUGUUGCAGCAGUAUUGAGUCUACUUACAGAUCUGCAAGCUCUGUGUACAUUGGGUCAACAGCGAAUAUUUUACCUAAAGCUGGAAGAUUUGGUGCCACCACCUCCUGUGAUUGACAAACUGUUCCUGGAUACAUUACCCUACUGAGCUAAUGAGUGUUAUUUCUAUUAUUAAACACAUCUCUGAGAACAGGUUGUCUAUGUUGUAUUUUAGAUCCACUAAAUCUUACCAGUUUCAAUUAUUUAAUACAACAAUUUUAGGUAUGUGUUGUUCAUUUUAGAUCAUGCAUUUUUAGAAAUAGCCACAUACUUUGACUAAAUAUUAAGUGAUGUAUAAAAACAACUUACAUAUGUCUCAAUCAAUGAAUACUCUGCCUUACGAUACACUUUAUUUUCUCAAAAUAUGAGUAAAGCCAAAUAGACAUUCUACAUAACUUCUAGAUUGUAAAUGUCUACAGAAAUAGGAUUGCACACAUUUGUGCUUUUUGUUUUUAGUGUUGUUACAACGGAUAUUCAUAUUUUUGAUGUGUAAUGUCUUUUCUUGUAAUCCUUCAUUGCUGUUUUUACUUCUCUUUUAUUAGAUGCUAGCUGACAAGAAUAAUAAUGAAAGUAUUUAAAACAAAAUAACUAUCAUGAUAUAAUAUGUUGUAUGCACUGCACUUCAAUAAAUGAAGAAGUUACAUUAAUUGGCCAGUGCUGAGCAAUGCUAUCUAUAGUAAAAAUGUGCUUAAAGGUCUUGGGACCCCCCUUAUGCAUGUAUGGUAUAAACAAUAUUAAACCCUUAAGGACUCAGGGUUUUUCAGUUUUUGCACUUUCGUUUUUUCCUCCUUACUUUUUAAAAAUCAUAACCCUUUCAAUUUUCCACCAAAAAAUCCAUAUUAUGGCUUAUUUUUUGCAUCACCAAUUCUACUUUGCAGUGACAUUAGUCAUUUUCCCCAAAAAUUCACGGCGAAACGGAAAACAAAAUCAUUGUGCGACAAAAUCGGAAAAAAAACGCCAUUUUGUAACUUUUGGGGCUUCCGUUUCUACGCAGUGCAUAUUUCGGUAAACAUGACACCUUAUCAUUAUUCUGUAGGUCCAUACGGUUAAAAUGAUACCCUACUUAUAUAGGUUUGAUUUUGUCGUACUUCUGGAAAAAAUCAUAACUACAUGCAGGAAAAUGUAUACGUUUAAAAAUUUCAUCUUCUGACCCCUAUAACUUUUUUAUUUUUCCAUGUACAGGGCGGUAUUAGGACUCAUUUUUUGCGCCGUGAUCUCAAAUUUUUAUCGGUACCAUUUUUGUUUUGAUCGGACUUUUUGAUCACUUUUUAUAAAUUUUUUAAUGGUAUAAAAAGUGACCAAAAAUACGUUUUUUUGGACUUUGGAAUUUUUUUGCUUUUUCAGCUUUGAUCGCCGCGUCUGAAGGGUUAAUACAGGGCAUCACCAUGAUCGGUGAUGUCCUGUAUUAACUGCGGGUCCCAGCCAUUGAUAGCCGUCGGGACCGAUAUGACGCGGGGUCAGCCGCUGGGACCGACCUGAUAUGACGCGGGAUCCCACGGCAUAUCGCGGGAGCCGGCUGAGGACGUAAAUAUACGUCCUUCGUCGUCAAGGGGUUAAAUAUAAAUUUCCAUAAUAUGCAUGAUUUAGAUCUAUAUCACAUCAUGUGAUUUAGAUGUGAAAUAUCAUGUAAUAAAUACACUGGUUCUUUUCUGAUAAUUACCCUCUAAGGUAAAUUCACACAUAAUAAAAUGUAACAACAUAUUUCAUUUUGCGCACAUAUUUUCAUCUGUAAUUGGAAAAAAUAGCCACAAAUUUGGAUUUUCCUGAUUACAGAUGAAAUGCAUACAUUAAAUAAAAAAAUGGUGAAUUUUACGAUGUCUGAACUUAGUCUAAAUCUAUUUAAUAGUGAAUGCUAGUGCACUUAUGUAUCUUUAAUACAUCUCUUUUUGGUUAGUCCUUUGAUACUUGUGAAUUUUAGAGAGAAUGGUUUUGCACAUGCACUUGAUGUUUUAUGGGAUUGUGUUUUGUUUUGUUUUUUUAUAAGAAAAAUUUGAAUGUCAACCUAUUAGUGUGAUUCCUGUAAGAUUUGUAAUGUUUAGGAUUUAAAAAUUUUUUUAACACUUCUUUGCUAACUAAAUUUUAUGCAAUUUUAAAUAUUAUAUGUAGUGUUUAAUGCAAAAUUCAUGUUUUGCAUAUACAACAA